AUGACAGAUAAGCGCAGAAAUAAUAGCUCAAGUGGUUCGGAGAAGUCGUAUUCUUCAGGAAAUUGCCGAUCUACCUCACCAGCAACUUCUCAUGGUCAUUCUUCACGCUCUCGUCCGGCACAUUCCUCCAGUUCUUACGGUGGUUUUGUAGCUCACUGGAAGGAUUCUGAUCGUCGUAGACAUGAGGAAAACCAGAAGGAGUACUCUCGUCACCAUAGAAUGCGUCGGUUGAAUGAUUCGAGGACCAGCAAUGAAAAACAUAAUCGACAUGCGCAGGACAAAGAAAAAAAAGAAAGUAGGAACGGUGUUAUGGACUGGAAACAUCGCAGAUGCAGAGAUAAUAAUGAUGUUUCAGGAAGAAUUUUUAAUGAUAAAAUGUCGAGAAAAGGAAAGGAAGGGAUAGAAAGUCAUACAAAGGAAAGGAUGGAGGAAAGUCGAGAUUCAUCCAGCAAGCACGGAUUGCGAAAAAGUCAAGCUUUUAGGCUUUGGAAAAUAAGACUGAAAAAAGAGUUCGACAAUGAAACGAAUGAGAAAUUAUUGACUAGUAAUGCAGAAGAAAGAAAAUUCGAAAGUGUAACCAGAGAUCAAUCCGGUCAAUUUGGUAAAUACUUUCGCGAUGAUCACAGCAGCAAAGAAGAAUCAAAGAUCGAAAAAGAGAAACCGAAUUUUGAACCAAGUGGGAAAUUGGCUGAAGAUACCAAUACUUAUCGAGGUGUUGUUAUCAAAUACAAUGAACCGUCUGAUGCGCAUUUACCAAAAUUACGCUGGCGUCUUUAUCCUUUUAAGGGCGAUGAGGCAUUACCGGUGUUAUAUAUUCAUCGACAAUCGGCAUAUCUUAUCGGGCGUGAUCGUAAAAUCGCUGAUCUCCCAGUAGAUCAUCCUAGCUGUUCGAAACAGCAUGCUGUCUUUCAGUAUCGUCUCACACCAAAGGAUUUGCCUGAUGGAACAACUGUAAAGCGUAUACGUCCUUACAUAAUAGAUCUCGGUUCAGCGAAUGGCACGUAUAUAAAUAAUGAACGCAUCGAAUCACAACGAUUCGUAGAGUUGCGGGAGAAGGAUGUGUUGAAAUUUGGAUUCAGCACACGCGAAUUUGUAUUACUUAAUGAAAAGUCAUAUGAUGGGGAAGAUGUGGAGACGAUGAAGAAAGAAGAACUGUCACCUUCCUGA